CUGCAGCUGAUGGGGAUGCUGUGGGGUUACCCAUUAACUGCAGGAAUUUCUGGGGAGGAGGCUACUUCGCUGGAGAGACAUGUGGAUGUGGCAUGUGGACACAGUGCUGCCCUGAGUGCCAGGCCAGCCUCAGCCUCAGCAGGAGCGAUGCUGCCGUACCACAGGGAGAGCCCGGUGCUGCCUCGCUGCCCGGUGCGGGCAGGAAGGGUGAUGCACGGGCCCCAGUUCGCAUACUGCCCCAGCCCCCAAGCCCUGCACCGGCUGCCGGGUGCCCACUCCUGCCCCUUCACUGUGGGAGCGGUGCCUUGCCCUGACCAUGGCUUCCUCUGUCCCGGCUCCCCGGGGCGCCUGCGCGAGGGCCGGGAGCGGUACGAGCUGGACACGCUGCCCUGGCAGGGGCCCCGGCUUGGUCUGGAUGAGCUGCAGAAGCCAGAGCUGGGGUACUGGGCCAGGGUCCAGUCCAUCUGUGUCUCCCUUCUCAAGGUGCCCCUGAUGUUCGGGUUCCUGUACCUCUUCGUGUGCUCCCUGGAUGUUCUCAGCUCUGCCUUCCAGCUGGCUGGAGGCAAGGUGGCAGGAGACAUCUUCAAGGACAACGCCAUCCUCUCCAACCCCGUGGCUGGGCUGGUGGUGGGCAUCCUGGUGACUGUGCUGGUGCAGAGCUCCUCCACCUCCACCUCCAUCAUCGUCAGCAUGGUCUCCUCAGGAUUGCUGGAGGUGCGCUCUGCAAUCCCCAUCAUCAUGGGCUCCAACAUUGGCACCUCCGUCACCAACACCAUUGUGGCCCUCAUGCAGGCUGGUGACCGCAGUGAGUUCAAACGGGCCUUUGCCGGUGCCACGGUGCACGACUGCUUCAACUGGCUGUCAGUGCUGGUGCUGCUGCCGCUGGAGGUGGCGACAGGGUACCUGCACCACGUCACUCGCCUGGUGGUGGCCACCUUCAACAUCCGUAGUGGGAAGGAUGCCCCUGAUCUGCUGAAGAUCAUCACAGAGCCCUUCACCAAGCUCAUCAUCCAGCUGGACAAGUCAGUGAUCACCGGCAUUGCAACGGGGGAUGAGAGCCUGCGCAACCGGAGCCUCAUCCGCAUCUGGUGUGGUCCUGCACAUGUGCAGACAGCUGCUGUGGAGCUUGCUCCCCCCCUGAACUGCACAGGCCCUGGCCACUGCAGCACCAAGGGCCUCGAGAGCCUCCAAAACAUCACCAGGCAGAAGUGUGAGCACCUCUUCACUGACACGCCGCUGCCUGACCUGGCCGUGGGGCUGGUGCUGCUGGCCGGGUCCCUUGUCGUGCUCUGCACAUGCCUCAUCCUCCUGGUCAAACUCCUCAACUCCCUGCUCAAGGGGCAAGUGGCUAAAGCCAUCCAGAAGGUCAUCAACACCGGAGCUACAGGCUGCUCCCAGCUGAUGUGUCCAUGUCUAUGCUUGCGUCCAUGCCCAUGCCCAUGUCAUGGCAGACCUCCCGCACCCGCUCAGCUGGCUCACCGGGUACUUCGCCAUGGUGGUGGGUGCUGGGAUGACCUUUGUGGUGCAGAGCAGCUCUGUCUUCACCUCAGCCAUCACACCCCUGAUAGGCCUAGGGGUGAUCAGCAUCGAGCGCGCCUACCCACUGACCCUGGGCUCCAACAUUGGCACCACCACCACCGCCAUCCUGGCUGCCCUGGCCAGCCCGGGGGACAAGCUGGCAAGCUCCUUCCAGAUCGCCCUCUGCCACUUCUUCUUCAACAUCUCCGGCAUCCUGCUGUGGUACCCCCUGCCCUUCACCCGCCUGCCCAUCCGCAUGGCCAAGGCGCUGGGCGAGCGCACGGCCAAGUACCGCUGGUUUGCCGUGCUGUACCUCAUCAUCUGCUUCCUCCUGCUGCCCUCCCUCAUCUUUGGCAUCUCUAUGGCGGGCUGGCGGGCACUGGUGGGGGUGGGCGCACCCUUCCUCAGCCUCCUGUUCUUCGUGGGGUUGGUGAAUGUGCUGCAGGCACACAGCCCUGGCCGCCUGCCCAAAUGCCUGCAGACCUGGGACUUCCUCCCCACCUGGAUGCACUCAUUGCAGCCCCUGGACCGGCUCAUCACCAGGGCCACCCUCUGCUGCACCGACCGCUGCCGCAGCCCCGAGGGCUGGGAGGAGCGCGAGGGCCCUCCCCGGGACAAGGCCAGGCUGGGGCUGGACAACCCCAUGCUCUCCUACCCCGAGGAGGUGCCCGGCUCCACCGUCCGGAUGGGCUCCCCUCGCCCGCUCCCACACGGAGCCACCCGGCUCUAGCCGGCACCGCUGCUUCCAUGGCUGCCCGGUUUCCUCCAUCCCUUCUCAGCUGGUGUCUAAUAAAUGCUGAGCACCUGCGCCCUGCAUGUGUGUCUCUGGCUCCUGCCUCUGCAAACCCUGUCAGAACCACAGUCAGAGCCACCGGUACCAGACACCCACCAUGCACCCUCCUGUCCGUACACCACCCCUGCACAGCCCAGCCCUGCGUGGUGCCCAGCACACCACACGCUGCACCCAUCACACUGCUGGUGCAAUGGGGACACACACUGACAAAGCCACAACCGAACCCUGCACCUGCAGUUUGCAGCCAGAUUGUACCAAAGUGUCAUGGGCAGCAUCUUCUCUCACCUGCCUCGUCCCCAGAGGGCUGAGAUGGCCGGGUCUAU